AUUAUAUUGUAUUGUUCACUUUCUGGACACUGAUGAAGUGGAAAUUGCUCCUAAAACCUGGAUUAAAUGUACUGAUGUUGAUGAACAUCUUGAAUGUUAUUGGCCACUAUUUAAAUCUCAGCAAAAAAUUUUAAAAGCUGUUCAGACAUGCGUUGAUGUUGAAACUGAUAAAUGGAAGAGUUACAAAGCAAGAAUUUUGAAAAAUUAUGGUUUAGAUUCAUAUGAAAGUGCAGUAAAAGAUAUUACAAAAGCAAAAGAAAAAUCUGAUUUGGGGACUGAUGUUUCAGACGUAGACGAUGGAACAAUGCAAUGUAAACAAAAACGAGCAAGGAAUUCAUACUUGCCUUUAUCAGACACUGAUAUAUGCAGUAGUCCAGAAAUAAAUUUUUGUUUGCAAAAAGGGAACUCGCAACUAGCUAAACCGAAAAAAAAUCUAAGCGAAAGUCUUGCACAAAAAAGCCAUAAAAAGUUAAGUAUAGAGUACGAAGAUCUUCCUGAGCCACCUGUUUUUUCAAAUUCUCACUUAAAUUGUAACACUCCAGAACAUGUGACAAGCAGAUCAAGUGGCCUGUCUAGCAUUCUGUCAUCAUUUUCUAAACCUCAUGGAAAGCCACUUUUAAAAGAACUUCCAUUAUGCUCUUCAGAUGGAUGGCUGUAUUCAGUUGCAACACGUAUAUAUUAAAUUAUUAACUGCUAAUUUUUAUUUCAUCAGAAUAAUAGAUUACAUAUAUAUCACAUUAUAGAUUAUAUAUAU